GUACAUGUAUUUUACAUGCUUGCAUAUUUUUUUAUUUUUGUCCUUUUACUUUUAGCUUAUGAAGAAGUUUGUAGCUUGAGGCCGCAAAUUGAAGGGGCACAGUUCAAAGUUCAAUUGCUACGAGAGACUCAUGAAAGUGAACAAGAGAAAGCUUAUCAUUUGAAGGCUCAAGUUAUUGAGGAAGGGCAACAUGGUAUGGUCCACCAUCCUGAGUAUGUCAAACAAGGUUUAGUGAUGAUAUUGGAUAAGAGAAGAGGGAUAGCAGGCCAUCACUGGCAGAAAUACUUUUGUCAGUUUCGCAAAGAAGAGAAAAGAAAAAUGGUGAAAUUUUUGUGUAAUCAGAAAAGCCCAGCGACACCAACAGAUGAAUGGAUGGAAGUGAAGGAUUGUGUUCGUACUAAAGCUGAAGAGAUUGAGAGAAGAUUUUGCUUUGAGUUGAAGUGCAGUUUGAAGGGAGCAGAAUAUAAGAUAAUCCUUCAAGGGAUUGGUCAAGAGGACAGAACAUCAUGGCUCCAAGUGAUGGAAGGAAGAGAGCCAGUUUAUUCAUCUUUAAGAGCACUAGAAACUGGAAGGAUCAAUCCUGUUGGAUACAAAUUUGUUGAGAAGUGCAUUAACACAAUUGAGGAAAGAGGAUUGGAAGAGGAAGGCCUGUACAGGAGACCUGGAGUUCUGGCAAAAGCUAACAAACUAAUGAAAGAAGUGUCAGAUAGUAAUGCAGUUGAAAACAUGGACUUCUCUGAUGAAAUUGAAUGGGACACUAAAACACUGGCCAGCUCAGUGAAAGCAUACUUUGCGAAGUACCUGGGUGAACCAGUACUAACUUUUGAGCGCCACUACAAUUUCAUCAAUGCAGCCAAAAUUAAUGAUACUGAUGAAAAGUGUAAGAGCAUUCAGAUACUAAUAAGAGAAUUACCUAAACCAAAUUAUGACAUCCUCUCACUUCUAAUACCUCACCUGAGAAACAUUGCUGAUUUAAGUUCCAUUAAUUUGAUGAAAGCCAGUAAUCUCGGAGUCUGUUUUGGUCCCACGCUGAUGCGUCCGGAGCAUGAAACUGUUGCUAGUAUUGUUGAUAUUCGUUAUCAGAACAUUAUAGUUGAAUUCAUGAUCAGUCAUGUUGAUGAAUUGUUUCCUGGAGCUCGUGAAGAUCGUCCUUACCCACGAACCAAGGGAAUGAAAACGACUAGUAAACUAUCACGAUCUGAGCCGUCUAUUAGGAACAGGCGUCCUCCUCCUGCUGCUCCUGUAAAGAUAUCUGCCGCUAACUUUGCUAAGAGGAGCCAGGAGCAGAGAGCACAGUCAAUGAUAGGGAGUGCUAGUAGUUCUAGUUCAGUAUUACCAAUUGUUAGUAAUAAAGACAUUCCUCCACCUCCUGUCUCACAGAGGCAGUCAGUUGCACUGACCCCACCCGCCUACAGCACCAGUGGACAAGACAGAAACAUUCUACAUGAGUCUGGUCAGUUUGAUCAUUUAGAAUCAAAGAAGCCUGUACCAACACAGAGACAAACUUCCGUUCAGAGGGUUGCUCCACAACCUCCCCCUACAGCUACAAAGCCUCAUUCUCAGUCAUCACCACCUGAACCACCUCCUUCUGAAGCAAAGCCAAGUAUACUCUCAAGGCGUUCCCCUCCAUCUCCACCAGUAAAACCAAGCACUGGCAGGCGUGCCAAGGCUUUAUUUGAUUGUGAGGCUGAAGAUGAGUUGGAGCUCUCUUUUCGUGAAGAUGAAAUAUUUAUUAAUGUUGUGGAGUCUGAGGAGCCAGAUUGGUUGCAAGCUACUAAUUCAUCAGGGAAGAGAGGUCUUGUGCCUGCCAACUAUAUUGAGUGGUUGACUUAAUGCUUUAUUUUGACGGUUUAUAUUGUUAUUAAUGUUAUAGUUCAUGCUAGUAAAAUUCAUUAGUUUCACAACUUUUUUGUACUCAAUCUAGUCAGAA